AGAGACAAAGUAGAGAGGUUGUGGUAUUUUCUAUAGAGAUUUCUUCUCAUGGAGCUCGAAGUCUUAUCAUUCCCAAUCCUUUUCUCCUUCUUGCUGUUUAUGUUCAUGGUUGUGAAUAUAUUAGGGAAGAGCUUCAAAACCCACAAUUCUUCAAGUCUUCCCCCAGGGCCAUGGAAGCUACCCAUCUUUGGAAACAUGCACAACUUUUCAUCAGGCUCUCCACCACAUCGUGCGUUGAGAGACUUGGCCACGAAACACGGGCCAUUGAUGCUGCUUCGGCUCGGAGAAGUUUCGACGGUUGUGGUUUCAUCGGCGGAGUACGCGAAAGAGGUGUUGAAAACCCAUGAUGCAAUCUUUGCGUCGAGACCUCGUGUUCUGAUAUCGGAGAUCUUGUCGUAUGAUUGUUCAAGCAUUGGCUUUUCACCCUUAGGGGAUUACUGGAGACAGCUACGAAAAAUUUGUGUUCUAGAGCUUUUAAGUCAAAAACGUGUUGAAUCUUACCGUUCACUCAGAGAAGAAGAGCUAUCAAAUUUCAUCGAGUGGAUAAGGAUUGCUGCAAAAGCUGGAUCCCCUGUCAAUCUUUCCAGCAAAGUGUUUUCAAUAGUAUAUGGUAUUACUUCAAGGGCAGCCUUCGGUAAGAAAUGCCAAGACCAAGAAAAAUUCAUACAAAUUGUGAAGGAUGUUAUCGAUUUCGCAUCAGCUUUCAAUAUUGCAGAUUUCUUUCCUUCUAUUAAGCUGCUUCAUGUGAUCAGUGGGGUGAGGCCUAAACUUGAGAAAAUGCACAAGGAUGCUGACAGGAUUAUGGAAAGAAUCAUCACUGAACAUAUGGCAAAGGCAACAACAGCAAAAGCAGGGGAGGCUGCAGCAGAAGAAGAUUUGAUAGAUGUUCUCCUCAAAUUUCAUGACGAGCAUGGUGACACUGAGUUUUCUUUAACUAAGAACAACAUCAAGGCUGUAAUCCUGGACAUUUUCUCUGCUGGGAGUGAGACAUCAGCCAUAACCAUAAUUUGGGCAAUGGCAGAAAUGAUGAAAAAUCCAGAAGUGAUGAAGAAGGCACAAGGUGAGGUGAGGGAAGUGUUUGAUAGAAAAGGGAGGGUUGAUGAAACAGCCAUUAAUGAGAUGAAAUAUUUGAAGGCACUUGUUAAGGAGACCCUGCGGGCAAGGCCACCGUCUCCUCUGUUACUUCCAAGAGAAUCUACAGAGAGGUGUGAAAUUAAUGGGUAUGAAAUUCCUGCAAAAACUAAAGUUCUUGUUAAUGUGUGGGCAAUUGCAAGAGAUCCCAAAUAUUGGACUGAACCUGAGAGCUUUAAACCUGAGAGAUUCCUUGAUAGCUCUAUUGACUUUAAGGGGAAUAAUUUUGAAUAUCUCCCAUUUGGAGCUGGAAGGAGGGUAUGCCCAGGCUAUACAUUUGCCCUAGUCAUUGUUGAGUACACAAUUGCUCUGCUUUUGUACCAUUUUGAUUGGACACUUCCCAAUGGAAUGAAGCAUGAAGAUCUGGACAUGACUGAAAUUGCUUCAGCUACAGCUGGAAGAAAGGAAGAUCUGGUCUUGAUUCCAACUGUUCAUGAUAAUCCCUUGCCGGUUGAAUAAGCUUGUAAUUUCUUCUUCAGAUAGAUAUAUAGUAUAUAUGAUGAUUAUCUAGUUGGAAUAAGAUCUCCACUUUGUAUUUGUAUUGAGUUAAGAACUAUCUAAUGCUACUUUACA